AUGUACGCGAGCAGUGGCCCGAAGCCACAUGCACAACAAACCGUGUGGCUGGCCGACACCUCUACAGGGUUAACGACUGCCGUGCCAGUUGCGAAGAGACAGAAAAGUCUGGCUAAUGAGAAAGGCUCUAUUGAAGCGGCGCCCGAUAAGCAGCGUAAAAGGAAAUGGGCUCCCAAGGUAAAGACUGGUUGUACCACAUGUAGAAAGCGCCGUGUCAAGUGCGAUGAACUAAAGCCCAGUUGCCGUGUAUGUGUCUCUGGUGGAAGAAAAUGCGAAUGGUACUUGCGUCCGGUCCAACUUCCGGAGCUACCCAUUUCACUAUUGGCUUCGCAACCCUCCCAUACAGUCUCGCCUCCCGGCAUACAACCAAGUGAGCCGGAGAGAUACAUGUUCGAUCUUCUGCGCAAAAGAACCGUCAAACAUGUCUCCGGCAUCUUUGAGCAGUCCUUUUGGUCUGUAAACAUGCUGCGCGCAGCACAGGUGUAUCCCGCAGUCUGGCACGCUUGUCUUUCCUUUGCCGCAGUCCAUAAGAUAACUACUGCCUUCCAAAGCGACGCGUCCUCGGAUCAAUCAAAAGCAACCUACGCUUUCGCCUUGAAGCAGUACAAUUCGUCCAUUCGAUACCUUCUUAGAAUGAUGCCCCACGCCACGCCGACUCCAGAAGAUCAGGAAAUGGUGCUACUGGUUUGCCUAUUGUUCACGGGCCUUAGUAGCCUCCAACGCGAUACCAGCCAGGCUGUAGCCCAUUCUAGCAACGGCAUACAGCUAUUUUACCGCUGGAGAUACUGGGAUCAAGCUUCGCCGUCUGGCCAACGCGCCAACUGUAUUCUGCCCAGUGGCGCUAUUGUCUCUCUGAUUACACAUAUCGAGGCCUCGUUCAGAAAUCGCGCCCUGACGGUCUCGCCAUGGAGGGGGAUGCACAUUCAUCAAGGCUGUCUUGGGACUAAUUUGCCCACAAAGGCUUUCAACUCAGCCGAGGAAGCCUUUUCUGACUUGGAACCCAUGUUGACUGGCAUUGUAGAGAUAAUGCAGCAUAUUGGACUUGAGUCUGAGGCAACGCAGCCGCAUCCGUCGCGAGACGGGCGCUCCUUGUUUCGCCCUAGGUUUGCGGCUUGGAGGACCAAAUUUGAUCUGCUGCACCAAUCUGGAAAGCUUCAGCCACCCGACUCGGGCAUCAUGCUGCUACUUAAGGCCUUGUCAAUAGGGGUUGAUGUUUUCCUACAGGUCGAUUUCAACAACUUGGAGACUUCAUUCGACAAGUUCCACUCGUCAUUUGAGUGUCUAGUUGCUCUGAUGGAGCAGCUAUUCACGGAGGAUGCCAAAAGAUGCGGCGAUCAAGCAUCCAAUUUUUCCGAACUGUCAUUUUCUCUAUCAGCAUGUGGGCUUCUAACUUUGGUCGCCACCAAUUGCCGCGACGGCAAACUGCGUCGUCAAGCAAUCGCUCUUCUCCGUAGAUUUCCGCGAUGCGGAACCACCUGGGAUCCUAGGGUCUCAAUCCGGGUUGCUGAAACCAUAAUGGAGUUGGAGGAACAAGGAUGCCACCCCGGAAAUGAAGAUAUGAACUGUGCAUGCAUUCCUGGCGACGUCAUAUGUGCAGACCAUAGAGUUGCUCUAUGGAGUGUAGAACUCCUUACUUAUAAGGAUGCGAGAAUACUCAUGAGGACUGUACAAGAUGUAAGAGAAGGCCGUAGAGAGAGAGCAGUAAAAGUAUGGAUUCCAGGUUGA